UUCCCAAUGUUUUGAUUUAUUUUCCUUUGAUUAGCUACUGCGACUGUGAUAUACGGUAUUCUUUUACCAUAUCAGUGUUUACACUAUUUCGAAUCGUCAAACAUUACGCGCACUCCGACUCGCGACAUUUUUUCCUAAUCGGAGUUUGUUUCAAUUACGGGUACCGCGGCGAUGGAUGUCGACAAAGGUGGACUGGAGAUGGAGAAGAGCAAAUUCCGUCAGUUUCUCGUUGUACCGGACGUGAUUGACGAGGCGCCGGGAGAAGUGUGUGACGUUGUCUUCCCGUCGGGCGUCAGCGCCAUUCUCGGCAGUGAAUUACUCCCCGAGGAAGUCCGCCAGGCACCCAAAGUCAACUACACCGUGGAAAAAGACGCACUCUACAGUUUAAUCAUUGCUGAUGCUGAUACUCAAAAUCCGGACAAGAACGAAGGUCUGACGCAGUGGCAGCAGUGGGUGGUGGUCAAUAUCCCCGGAGCGCACGUGGAACAGGGACAAGUGCUGUCCGAAUAUAUCGGCAGCGGUCCACUGCCUGGCUCAGGACUGCAUCGCUACGUGGUGCUGGUGUUCAAACAGCCGCAGCGAU